AUGGAGAAACCAAGCGAUAGCAAGGCCCCCAGCACCAAGAACACAGGCCUGCUCUCCAAGAUCCCACGUCAGAUCGCCACUCAGCAAGCGGAGAACACCACUGCAACUUGGCCUGCUAUCUCCGCGUGCCUAGGCAAUAUCACAUUGUGGUACAUCACUGCAAUGAGCACACAAGAGAAGGAUCUACUGCGUCGAUCACAGCCAAUUAAACCUCUGCAGACAAGGGUCACCUAUCGAACGAUGCAUAUUUGGACGAAUUGA